AUGAUGUAUUGGUUUUUGUCUUACACGUGGCCAUGUGCUUCAGUGCCAUGGUCUCAUUAAGUUUGUAGAUUCUCGUGAAAUGUCAUGGAUUUGGUUAGUAAUUUGCAGUCUUAAAUCUGGGCGGGGGAAUUUAAUCACUUAUGAUUUGCUAUAGUCUAUAUUUCUACUUUUUUGGAAUGUUUCGUAUGAGUUUGUUCAUAACCUGAUUUAUGGCUCUUGAAUCCAUGUUUCCAGGAGUAGAAUAUUCUUGUGAUUUUACCUUGCUAGAAAGUUUAUGGAGUUGGUUUAAGCAAUUUCAUGGUUUCUUACUUAAGGAUCUCUUGUAGGGGAUACGACUGUAAUCCUUAUCGGCUUACAUACAAUAUCAGCAAAUACUUCAGCAGGCAAGGGCUCGUAAAAUGCCUUUCAGUGCUUAAUUUACACAUCUUCUAUGCUGAGUAUUGUUCUAGAGAAGACGGGUUUAUUAUGCAGCAAACAUCGUAGUUACAAUGAAGCUGAUACCGAGGAGAAUGCACAGGCUGCAGAAAUUGAAAGGAGAAUUGAACAAGAGAGAGAGGCUGAAAAGCAUAUCCAAAAGCUUCUACUACUUGGUGCUGGUGAAUCUGGGAAGUCAACAAUUUUUAAGCAGAUAAAGCUUCUGUUUCAGACUGGUUUUGAUGAGGAAGAACUAAAAAGCUAUAUCUCAGUCAUCCAGGCAAACAUAUAUCAGACUAUAAAAAUACUGUAUGAUGGAUCAAAGGAAGUUGCCCAAAAUGAAGCAGAUUCUUCCAAAUAUGUUCUAUCCAGCGAGAAUAAGGUUAUUGGAGAGAAACUGUCAGAAAUUGGAAGCAGGUUGGACUGUCCACGUCUAAAUGGAGAACUUGCACAGGAGAUAGAAACUCUCUGGAAAGAUUCUGCAAUUCAGGAAACCUAUACUCGUGGAAAUGAACUUCAAGUACCAGAUUGUACUCAUUAUUUCAUGGAAAAUUUGCAAAGAUUGUCAGAUGCAAAUUAUAUUCCAACAAAGGAGGAUGUUCUAUAUGCAAGAGUUCGUACAACUGGUAUUGUUGAAAUCCAGUUCAGCUCCGUGGGGGAGAAUAAGAAAAGUGGUGAAGUAUACAGACUCUUUGAUGUGGGAGGCCAGAGAAAUGAGAGAAGGAAGUGGAUCCAUCUUUUUGAAGGUGUUACAGCUGUGAUCUUUUGUGCUGAGAUUAGCGAGUACGAUCAAACACUUUUCAAGGAUGAACAGAAGAACCAGAUGAUGGAGACCAAAGAACUCUUUGAUUGGGUCUUAAAGCAGCCAUGCUUUGAGAAAACAUCCUUCAUGCUGUUUCUCAACAAAUUCGACAUAUUUGAAAAGAAGGUUCUAAAGGUUCCACUAAAUGUAUGCCAGUGGUUCAAAGACUACCAGUCGGUUUCAACUGGAAAACAAGAGAUCGAGCAUGCAUACGAGUUCGUAAAGAAGAAAUUUGAGGAGUUAUAUUUUCAAAGCUCCGGCCCUGAUCGAGUGGAUCGAGUCUUUAAAAUCUACAGGACCAGUGCACUUGACCAGAAGCUUGUGAAGAAAACUUUCAAGCUCGUUGACGAGUCCUUGAGACGGAGAAAUCUAUUCGAGGCAGGGUGGUUGUGAAUGAUUGCAAAGAAAAGCAAAAGCCAUUUGGAAAGACUUGAUAAUUUGCAGCGAUGUGAUCCACCAUUUUGGAUGUCUUUAAGGUUGGAGGAAACACACAUCUUUUGAAAUGCAG